AUGAUUCGGCAAGUGCCUGCACAUGCGCAAGCGGUUGUUUCUCCUCUUUCCGUCAUCUUAGCUCUGGCCAUGGUCCAGUCAGGGGCCAAAGGGCGAACCAAAGCACAAAUCAACGGCGUCAUCUCUCAAGGUGAUGUGGCUGAAAGAGCAAACAGUACUGAUAUAGAAAGAUUUUACUCGAGGCUUUCACAAGAAGUUUUGAACGUUACCAACGGUGUCCAAACAAGGAUUGCAAAUAUCUUUUACAUCGAUAAGCGCUACAUUAUUGAAAAGCAGUAUGAAGCCAAAAUCAAGAAAAAAUAUUCUGCUGCAUUGAAAGCACUUGAUUUCCAACAAUCAGCAGCGACCGCUAAGAUAGAGUUCAUGCACGAGCACAAUGUAUAUCGUAUGUAUGCGGAAAACGAUGUUAUGCAAGUUUUGACGCUUCCUUAUAAAGAUCCCACUUAUGCAUUGAGUAUAUUGCUUCCAAAGAAACGGUUUGCUCUCGAUGCAAUUAGAAAUAAGACCAGCGGAGCAGAACUACGAAGACUGUUAAACCAAGCUAAAAUUAAACUAAUGAAGAUUUCAUUACCAAAAAUGGAAAUCGAAACGAAAUUCGAGCUGAAAAAAGCACUCAUAUCGAUGGGUGUCACUGAGAUGUUUACUGACAAUGCUGAUUUGAGCGGUAUCACGAAAGUUCCACUCAAAGUAUCCGAUGUUGCACACAAAGCAUUGAUAGAGGUUUGUGAGAAAUACAAAACGACAUUUGCUUUCCAUGUGAUUAAAGUUGAUAACGUUUAUAUGAUUGGAGCGCCUUUAACAGCAACUGUGCUUGUAAUGAAUAGACGAAUACUACCAGAAAAAUAA